AUGGCUGCUCUAGAGCUAGUCGGUGCCAUUCCCCCUCUCCUUUCGUCAGGUUCUCAUUUGAGUAAUGUAUCUCCAGGUCACCGUAGUGAAAAGUACAGCUCAUGCUCAACAAUAUUUUUAGAUGACAGCACAAUUUGCCAGCCUAAUGUUAGAAUCACCGUGCAAUGCCUGGCAUUAGCAAUAUAUUACCACAUAAAGAACAGAGAUGCAAAUAGAUCUGAGGACAUUUUUGAUGAAAGGUUACAUCCAUUUACACAUGAAAUAGUUCCAGAGGAAUACUUUAAUCAUAAUCCUGAUUCCGAAAGUAUUUACAGAUUUAUUCACCCUUUUUUCAGUGCCACAAAGCUAACAGCUGAAUGGGCAAUAACAACUUUGGUUUACUUAGAAAGACUUUUAUUUUAUGCUGAGAUCGACAUUUGCCCCACUAACUGGAAAAGAAUUAUUUUGGGAGCUAUUCUUCUUUCCUCCAAGUAUUUGCAUGAUCAGGCUAUAAGGAAUGCAGACUUCUGCCAAAUCAUCAAGGGCAUUACAGUCAAGGACAUAAGUGACUUGGAAAGGCAGUAUUUAUAUCUACUCCAAUUUCGUCUUAAUGUUUCUGCCAGUGUCUAUGCCAAAUACUAUUUUGACCUUCGGUCCGUAGCCAGUGACCACGGACUGCCUGCUGUGUUUGCCCCCCUUCGAAAAGAACGGGCACAGAACCUAGAGGCCAUUUCCAGAUAUUGUGAAAACAAAAACCUGUGCAGAGUGGCUAUAAAAAAAUCUAGCAGCUGUGAUAAUUUUACUGAUAAGCAGUAUGCCAACGCCAUUUUAUCUUAAACUAGAAAUGAGGGGCUGUGACAUGAUGAACCCCUCACCUACAAUAACUGGAGAAAUGUCAGCGCUCCUGCUCAAAAACCAACAAAGCUAGUAUUCCUCACCAGGGAGAAAUGAGGGGUUGUAAUAUUAUAAGCCCUUUGUCUACAAGGUGAAGAACUAAAAAAAUAUCACCUUUCCAGCUCAAAAACCAACCAAGUUAGUAUUUCCUCUUUUAAGGAAGAAAUGAGAGGUUGUAACAUCAUCAACUUGUCAUCUACAAAAAUAAGACCUGGAGAUAGAUAUAUCACCUUUCCUGCUCAAAAACAAGCAAAGUUGGUAUUCUUCUCUUAUAAAAAAAAAAAUUGAAGGGUUAUAACUUCAUGAACCCUCAUCUGCAAGGGCAUGGACUGGAAAAAUGUCACCCACCGCUCCUGCUCAAAACCCAGCAAACUUUUUCUCUCUUAAGAAAGAAGUGAGGUAUUGUAGCAUCAUGAACCUCUCAUCUACAAAAAGAACUGGAAAAAUAUUAACUUAUUGCUCAAAAACCAGCAAAGCUAUUAUUUAAAUUGAUUUUUAGAGAGGGAGGAAGGAAGAGAAAGAGAAACAUCGAUGUGAGAGUGAAACAUCCAUCAGCUGUCUCCUGCACGCCCCCUUCCAGGGAUCCAGCACACAACCUGGGCAUGUGCCCCAACUGGGAAUCAAACUUGCAACCCUUCGCUGAACAGAAUAACACCCAACUGCUCCUGUUCAAAAACCAACUUACCCACACCAGCCGGGGCUUAUCUGCCUUAUUUGUACUCUUCAUGAAAAAAGGAGGGGCUGUGUCAUCAUGAGGCCCUCAUCUACAAGUACGAGGACUGUAGAAAUAUUAUUUCUCCUCAAAACCCAGAAGGUUGCAUGUAACUUGAGAGAAUUUAAUAGGUACAGGCCAUAUCUUAACAAGUCUAAAGUUAAACUUCAAAAGAAAACUACAUAAAAGAACACAUUUGACAUUGUAUGUAUUUUUUAUGAUGAGCUUAAAUUAGAGUUUCAAAAAUCUUGGAAAGGUUUUUGCCUUUGCGUCUUUGUCAAAAGACAGCUGUGGAUUAAGAGACCCUUUCUGAUCUGAAACUGGACUAGUUCCCUGAGUGUGUGCAGUGAGAAACAACACUUUUAGAGAAAAAAAAAUGGCUUAUCAUUUACAAAGAAAAUGGCUUCAAAAAAAGAAGAGAUGGGAAAAAUACAUCUGAAUACAGAGGACAGCUGGAACACAGUGUGAAUGUAACGACAUUGAAAGUUG